GACUGGUGCAUUCUGGGAUUUGUUGUCUCUUUCCUCUGAGCUUGCCGCUACCUUUCCUGCGAUGCCGCACCCUCCGGGACUACAACUCCCAGCAUGCCUUGCGCGCCUCGGCCGGCUCCCGUUCCGCGCUCCGCCGCUGCGGUGUGGAGCAGACGCGCUUUCCCGGCUCUGGGGCUGCGGCGGUGGCGGCUUCCUGGGUCCGCUCGCCGCAGCAUGAUCGUGGCAGCGGCAGCGGAGCGGAACAAGGAGCCCAUCCUGCGGGUGCUGCGGGACUACGUGAGCCCGGGCGCGGCCGAGGUGCGGCUGCUGGAGGUGGCGUCGGGCUCGGGGCAGCACGCGGUGCACUGCGCCCGGGCGCUGCCCAACCUGCUCUGGCAGCCCUCCGACGUGGACCCCAAGUGCCUCGAGAGCAUCUCUGCGUUCAUCACGGCGCUGAGAGUCAGGAAUGUGAGGCCGCCGAUUUUCCUAGACUCAUCCCAGAGCUGGGAGACAUGGGGUGGCUUGAGGCCCAACACGCUGGAUCUCAUUGUCAACAUCAAUAUGAUGCACAUCUCUGAGAUGAGGUGCACUGAGGGCUUGUUCAAAGGAGCAGGGAAGCUGCUGAAACCCAAAGCUAUUCUGAUCACCUAUGGGCCCUAUGCCAUCAACGGACAGAUCAGCCCGCAGAGCAACGUGGACUUCGACUGCUGCCUGAGGCAGAGAAACCCGGCCUGGGGCCUUCGGGACACAGCUCUGCUGCAGCAGCUGGCCGAGGCCAACGGGCUGUGUCUGGAGAGGAUGGUGGACAUGCCCGCGAACAACAAGUGUCUCAUUUUCCGCAAGCAGUGACCUGUGGAGCCCACCCCAGUGGCCAGCCGCCUGCUGAACUGCACCCCGCUGCUUUUCAGUGUCCAUAGCGCUCUGUGGGUCUUUUCAUGGAGACACCCUGCUGGAGACGCACCACUGGGAUUGAUACUGACUGACUUUAUGUGGAUGCUGCUAAUGUGCGGUGGAGAGGCUGUAUUGUAUGUAGCUCAUGUUCCCUCCCCCCAAAGUCCCCCAGGGAUGAGGCCACAAAACCAGGAUCUCUAUUGCAAGCUCACCUGCACUGCUUGCUUCUACCUACCUGAGCUGAUCAGGUCUUGAUAUCCUGCAGCUGCCUAUUGUCAUGCCCCACGGGGUGAGGGGACCGGAUGAGGAAUAAGCCACCUGAGUGGAUAUGCAGGUUGGGUCACCUCUCCCACUGGGAUGUAGCCUCUGCAGUUGAUCCGCGUGUAGCUGUCUCUCUUGGUGACUGUUCCACAGUCCCCAUGGGCCUCAGCCUCGUUUUACUUACACUUCUGCAGUUCUUUAUUUUUCUCUGCUCAAGCCGUAUGUUCCCUGAGCUUGAAAACUGGCGGUGCCGUUUGGCUACCUACUAAGUGGCUUGGUUUCAGGAGCUGAGCACCCCCCGUGCCUAUUGACUUGUGCAGGUGGGCCUCGCCUCCCCCUUAUUUAGGGGCCUCGCCUCAAGUACACCGGUCCUAAUAUACUGCCCCUAGGAGCUGCCGUGCCUAGUCAUGUGCAAAGGGAGCAUGAAACAACCCGCAGGCCAGCUCCUUGGCCAGUCUCAAUGCCCCCCCUCCCCCCGCCAGCGCUUCAUGAGUAAUCCCAGGGGGUAAGGUGAACGGGAACUAAAAUAUAGGGGUGGGAUUUUCCCAGUACCUAUGUGAUUUAGGGGCUAUAGGUCCCAUCACUGAAGGGAAUUUGGCUCCUAAAUCACAUGGGCACCGUGGAGAAUCUCAGCCUAACUACUUAAAAAAAAAGUCCCAUGCUGUUCUAGGCUGUGUGAGGCAGGGGCUCCCUCUAGCGGCUCGAAUGUGGCACUGCAUUGAUUUGGGUUGGGGGAGGGAUGGAGGCUGCUGCACCGGAUCAUGUGGCCUUUGGCACAAUAAAGAAGUUGCUUUUGCUGGUG